AUGGCUAGUGUGCAGGUGCCGCCUGCGGUGCAGCACCCGGGCUCCGCCAUCCCGGCCGGCAUGACCCAACAGCAAGCACAGGAGAUCUACUUGAGAUUCCAGCAAAUGAAAAAGCAGGGCAUUCCCAGCACCGACCCCGAGUUCAUCAAGACCCAGUCCAUCCUUGCCGCCCUCCAGCGCCAGAGCGAAUUGCGGAAGCAGCAGAUACAGAUGCAACAGAUGCAACAGCAGCAGCAACAGCACCAGGCCAUGCAAAAUGGUGCGAACGGUGUUGCCAACGGAACUCAACCUGCUCGUCCCGCGCAGCCCACCGCAGCGCAGACGACAAUGGCCCCCUCCACAACCUCACUCGGGGCGUCUGCUCUGCCAGCAACCUCAGGCGCCCCAACGGCUAACACGGCCGCAGGCGCGCCGGCGCAAAAUCAGGCCAGCCAAUUCUCACAGGCACAACUCAACCUGCUCUGGACACAAAUCAAGGCUUUCAGGAUGCUUGGAAAAAAUGCCGGUGUCCCAGCCCAGAUGCAGAAGGCCAUCUUCGAGCACAGGCAACGCCGUCGUAUGUCGUCGGCAAAACAAACGACGCAGUCCCCCACUACAGCUGCCCCCUCAGACGCCCCGGAACAGGAUGGUGCAAAGCCUGGCACCAACGGAACAGAUGCCCAAGGCGAAGCCGCAUCGGUUCCCCAGCCCAAGUCGUUCAAGACAAUAAAGUCUCCAUACGACGGUGGGCUCGUGCGCCAGUCUAUCUCGUACAUGGACCACGGCCGCCGGAAGAACCGCCUCAUCAUUCCCGGCCUCUUCCCGACGGGCAUCGACUUUGAGCAGCUGAGGGCUGACCGUGAGAAGAUUGUCUUCAACCGCAUGAGCGCGAGGUACUCGGAACUGAAGUCGCUUCCGGGCAACUUGGCACACUGGGAUGCAUCCCAGGAUACCCUCGUGGCCGACGACGCGGCGAAGAGGAAAGCCAUCAUCGAGAUGAAGAAGCUGGCCCUGUACUCUAAGCAGCGCGCUCUGAGGGACAAGGUCGGAAAGCAGAUGAUGCACUACGACAACUUGGCCAUGACCACUAACAGGGCCGCGUACCGCCGCAUGAAGAAGCAGAACGUCCGGGAAGCUCGCGUCACCGAAAAGCUCGAGAAGCAGCAGCGCGAUGCCCGCGAGAACCGGGAGCGCAAAAAGCACGUCGAUUUUCUGCAAGCCGUAUACAACCACCGCAACGAGGUUCUCAACGCAGGUCAGGCUCAGCGCGGGAAAACGCAAAGGCUCAGUCGCCACAUGUAUGCUCAUCACUUCAACAUCGAGAAGGAGGAGCAGAAGAGGAUCGAGCGGACAGCCAAGCAACGUCUGCAGGCGCUCAAAGCCAACGACGAAGAGGCGUAUCUCAAGCUCCUCGACCAGGCCAAGGAUACCCGUAUCACUCACUUGCUCCGGCAGACCGACGGCUUCUUGCACCAGCUUGCCUCCUCCGUCCGUGCUCAACAACGGCAGGCCGCCGAACGGUAUGGCGACGACGUCGAGCAGCCCGAGGAAAGCGAGGUUGAGGAGGAUGAGGAAAGCAGUCGCAAGGUUGAUUACUACGCUAUUGCCCACCGCGUCAAGGAAGAGGUCACGGAGCAGGCCAAUAUCCUGGUCGGCGGUACCCUCAAGGAAUACCAGAUCAAGGGCCUGCAGUGGAUGUUGUCGCUCUACAAUAACAACCUGAACGGUAUUCUUGCCGACGAAAUGGGUCUCGGCAAGACGAUUCAGACCAUCAGCCUGAUCACAUACCUGAUCGAGAGGAAGCAUCAACAUGGCCCGUACCUGGUCAUCGUCCCCCUCAGCACCCUGACCAACUGGAAUCUGGAGUUCGACAAGUGGGCACCUUCAGUUACCAAGGUUGUUUACAAGGGUCCCCCGAACGCCAGAAAGCUGCAGCAAGAGAAGAUCCGCCAAGGCAGGUUCCAGGUCCUGCUUACGACAUACGAGUACAUCAUCAAGGAUCGUCCGCUGUUGAGCAAGAUCAAGUGGUUCCACAUGAUCAUCGACGAAGGUCACCGCAUGAAGAACGCAAACUCCAAGCUGAGCGCUACCAUUCAGCAAUACUACAGCACCCGGUUCCGCCUGAUUCUCACCGGUACCCCCGCUGCAAAACAACCUUACCGAACUUCUGUCAAGACGUUCGAUGAGUGGUUCAACACGCCGUUCGCCAACACCGGCGGUCAAGACAAGAUGGAGCUCACAGAAGAAGAGCAGAUUCUCGUCAUCCGUCGCUUGCAUAAGGUGCUGCGGCCGUUCUUGCUGCGUCGUCUCAAGAAGGAUGUCGAAAAAGAUCUUCCCGACAAGACAGAAAAGGUCAUCAAGUGCAAGUUCUCAGCCCUGCAGGCCCGCCUGUACAAGCAAAUGGUUACCCACCAAAAGAUUGCCGUUAGUGACGGCAGUGGAGGCAAGACGGGUGCCCGUGGCUUGAGUAACAUGAUCAUGCAGCUGCGGAAGCUCUGCAACCAUCCGUUCGUGUUCGACGAGGUCGAGAACCAGAUGAACCCCGCCAACAUCAGCAAUGAUCUCCUUUGGAGAACGGCCGGAAAGUUCGAGCUGUUGGACAGGAUUCUCCCCAAGUACAAGGCGACCGGCCAUCGUGUGUUGAUGUUCUUCCAGAUGACCGCUAUUAUGGACAUCAUGGAAGACUUCCUCCGCUUCCGUGGCAUCACGUACCUCCGACUUGACGGCACCACAAAGUCUGAGGACCGGUCCGAGCUCCUCUAUGAGUUCAAUCGGCCGGACUCGCCGUACUUUAUGUUCCUCCUCUCCACCCGUGCUGGUGGCCUGGGUCUGAACUUGCAGACGGCCGACACAGUCAUCAUUUACGAUUCCGACUGGAAUCCUCACCAGGAUUUGCAAGCCCAGGAUCGUGCCCAUCGUAUCGGUCAAAAGAACGAAGUCCGCAUUCUCCGGCUUAUCAGCUCAGCGUCCGUCGAGGAAAAGAUUCUGGAGCGCGCUAGGUACAAACUCGACAUGGAUGGCAAGGUCAUUCAGGCUGGUCGCUUCGACAACAAGUCCUCGGAAACAGAUCGUGAUGCCAUGCUCAGGACGCUCCUGGAAACUGCGGACAUGGCAGAGUCGGGCGAGCAAGAGGAGAUGGAUGACGAGGAACUAAACUUGAUCCUCGCCCGAACGGACGACGAACUUACCGUGUUCCAGAAGCUGGAUGACGAGAGGAUGCGUGAUCCCGUCUACGGCACUGGCCCUGGCUGCAAGGCUGUUUCACGUCUCAUGAUCGAGGACGAACUCCCGGACAUUUAUUUGAACGAGGGCAAUCCGGUCGAAGAGGAGGUUGAAACCAUCCUGGGCCGUGGAGCCCGUGAGCGUACCAAGGUUAAGUACGACGAUGGGCUCACGGAGGAGCAGUGGCUCAUGGCUGUUGACGACGACGACGAUUCUCCCGAGGCGGCUGCCGCGCGGAAGGCCGCCCGCAAGCAGAAGCGCGAGGUCAACAAGCUCAAGCGAAAGGGCGUCGGGGGUGCGUCGCUGGAGAACUCGCCAGUCCCCAGUCGCGCCAGUACCGAGGAGGUCGAGACGCCUGUCAAGAAGCGCGGCCGCAAGCCGGGCAGCAAGAACCAGGAGAAGCGCAAGGCCGAGGAGGGCGACGAGGAGCCCCCCGCCAAGAAGCGCCGUGGACCGCAGGGGCGUCCAAAGGCGAUCGGCUCAAACGGUCCCGACAACCGCCUGGCACCAGACGUGCGCGAUAAGCUGCAGAAGAGCCUGCGGCGCAUCUUCGACGGGCUGAUGAACUUCGAGGUGGACGAUGACGAGCCGCAGGAGAACCCCGACGGUGACGAUGAUGGGCCGCCAAAGCGCCUCAUCAUUGGACCCUUUGUCAAGCUCCCCCCCAAGCGUGACUGGGGCGAUUACUACCUCAUCAUCGUCAACCCCAUCUGUAUGAACGACAUCCAGAAGAAGAUCAAGAAGGAGGACUACACGAGCUUGGCCGACAUGCGCAGAGACAUGGACCUGAUGGUUGCCAACUGCCGGACGUUCAACGAGGAGAGCAGCGGCAUCUGCCAGGACGUGAAUCUGAUCGAGGCCUUCUUCCGAGCCCAAUUCGAGAAAGAGCUCUCGGACAACCCGGACCUUCGCGCGCUGGAGGAGCCGUCUGCAGCGGCGGCUGCUGCUGCUUCCGCCGCUUCUGCUGGUUCGGCGACCAAGGACGGCUCGGCCGCGCCCUCGACGGCGCCGACGGACGGGACGCCGCAGCCCACGCCCAGCGGCCCGCCGACCAGGAUCAAGCUGGUCUCGAAUUCGGCCAGCGCCAGCGCCCCUACCUCCAACGGCGCCGGCAGCCAGGUCAAUGGCGGGAGCAGCGGCGUGCAGAGCGACGAGGAUUGA